CAUUUCUCAAUACCAAAAAACGUAGUAAUAAACAUGGUUCUUGUCAGACAAAAACUACAAAGAAACUCUCUGCUUUCUCUUCCAGAGCUUAAAAUUUGCGACUCCUCUCCCUUCCCUAACCCUAACCCUAACCAUAACCCAUCAUCAGUUUCUAAUAUUAUAACUCAUCAAGCCGUUGUAACAGACUUCUCCGACUUGGAAAAACUCUGGGUUAUUGGCCAUGGUAACCAUGGCAUUGUCUACAAAGUUCGCCAACGGUCAACUUCAGCUAUUUAUGCUCUGAAAAUGGUUCAGCAGGAGGAUACUAACGCUGUAUCCCACGAGACAGAAAUCUUAACUUGUACUGACUCGCCAUUUACUAUCAAAUGCUAUGGAAUAUUCGAGCCGAGAGCAGGCGAGAAAGCGAUUCUAAUGGAAUAUAUGGAUGGGGGAACACUUGAUACUGCUCUAAGCUCUAAUGGUCCGUUUCCUGAAGCUUUACUUGUAGACGUAGCAAAGCAAGUACUCAACGGUCUUAACUACCUUCAUGCACAUAAUAUUGUUCAUUUAGAUAUUAAACCUUCAAAUCUUCUUAUUAGUAACGGCAUGAAAGUCAAAAUUGGAGACUUUGGAGUUAGUAGGAUUGUUAAUGACAAUGAUACGAGGAAUUAUGAGAAUUUGGGUAGUCGAGGUACUUAUGCCUAUAUGAGUCCAGAAAGAUUGGAUUCACAAACAUUUGGGUCUGGUUAUGUUUAUGCAGGAGAUGUUUGGAGCUUAGGAGUUAGUUUAUGGGAGCUCUAUGUGGGGCAUUUCCCGUUUUUUGAAGAUGCAAGAACAACGAGGCCAAGUUGGAUGGAGCUUGUGAUGGUUAUAUGCUAUGGAGAAUUUCCAUGCCUGCCAAACAAGGCCUCCCAAGAGUUUGGAAGUUUCCUUAAGUGUUGUUUGGAAAGGGAACCGAGUAAGAGAUGGAAUGUUUCACAACUAUUGUCACACCCUUUUAUUGGCAUGGAGAGGGAAGCAAUUAGUUGGUGUGUUUGA